AUGCUUUCGCCUCUCACUGGCGUUCUGCUAGCGUUCUUUGCCGCUGUCCGAACAGUCCAUGCUAUCGGGCAGAGCAGCUGUGUCUCUUUCCAGUCGUCCUCGUCGUCAUUCCCGGUGGUUCAAGGACAGAAAGCUUCCCCUGUGGUCCUUUCUUCCGAUGACUGGCCAGGCGUUCAGCAGGCGGCGUCCGACUUUGUGUCCGACAUCCAGAAAGUCACUGGUAUAAAACCAUCAUUAUCUAACGUCACCGCCUCUACAUUGCGAGGGUUGCCGAUUGUUAUUGGAACAUUGGGCAAGUCGUCGUUGAUCAACCAAAUUGUCAACAACACAAAUCUGGACGUGUCCUCCGUUGCUGGGAAAUGGGAGGCGUUCAUGACGAGGGUAGUCGUAAACCCACUACCCGGCGUUGACCGCGCAUAUGUCAUGAUCGGUGCCGACAAACGGGGUACCAUUUACGCUAUAUACGAUCAUUCUGAGCAGAUUGGUGUAUCCCCGUGGUAUUGGUGGGCAGACGUCCCGACUACAAAACACUCCGACGUCUUCGUGACUCCAGGUGGAUGCUCGCACGGAAGCCCGACUGUUAAAUAUAGAGGCAUCUUCCUGAAUGACGAACAGCCUGCCUUGCAGAACUGGGCGGCUGAAAAGUUUACCAACGGGACAGGUGCUAAACUCACCGGCUCGCCGUUCAACCAUCUGUUCUACACAAAAUUGUUUGAGCUUCUUCUAAGAUUGAAGGCGAAUUAUUUGUGGCCAGCGAUAUGGUCAAGUGCAUUCGCAAUCGACGAUCCUGUAAAUCAGCCGCUCGCCGAUUGGUGCGGAGUGGUAAUGGGUACUAGUCACCAGGAACCCAUGAUGCGAUCAUCACCGAUCGAGUUCAACCUGUUUGAAACCGGUCCUUGGGAUUAUAACACCAACUCCGAAGUUAUCCGGCAGUACUUCCUCGAGGGAGCGCAACGAGCGAAGAACUUCGAGUCCGUAUUCACCGUCGGAAUGCGUGGUGCUGGUGAUGAACCACUCUCGGAAGAUACAAAUAUUGCUCUGCUACAGCGAAUCGUGUCCGACCAGCGUGACAUCCUUAUGGAAGUUUUCAACGGCACAGAUAUCACGACUGUCCCCCAGGUCUGGGCUCUUUACAAAGAGGUUGAGGGUUACUACGAAGAUGGUAUGCGAGUUCCUGAUGACAUAACUCUACUAUGGUCGGACGAUAACUGGGGAAAUAUCAGACGGUUCCCUAUUGAAAGCGAACGUAACAGAACUGGUGGCGCAGGAGUAUACUAUCACUUUGACUAUGUCGGCGACCCCCGAGACUACAAAUGGAUAACGACAAAUCAAAUUUCUAAGGUCUAUGAACAAAUGUCCAUUGCUGUCGAUCGUGAAGCUACUAGAAUUUGGAUCGUUAACGUCGGCGACCUUAAACCAUAUGAACGAGAAACGGAAUUCUUCAUCAACAUGGCAUGGAACUCGACGCGAUGGAACCCCAAUAAUCUGGACACCUUUGUCACAAGCUGGGCCCAACGUGAAUUCGAUCUUUCGGCCAGCGAUGCCGGAAAGGUGAACGAGAUUGUAGCCAAUCUGACACGUUUCAACGCACGCAGGAAGCACGAACUGCUUAGCCCCACUACUUACAGCCUGAUUGAUUAUCGCGAGGCCGAGAGCGUCAUCGACAGCUGGAAGCGGCUACGUGAUGCAUCCACAGCCGUGUACGACAGCCUCCCCUCUGCGAUGAAGCCCGCGUUUUUCCAGAUGGUCCAGCACCCCGUCGUAGCGAGCGACAUUGUAGGAAGGAUGCUGAUCUCUGCUGGUCAAAAUAACAUGAGAGCCUCGCAAGCCAGGCUCAGCACUAAUAGCCUCGCGGAUCAAGUCGAAGACCUCUUUAUGCAGGACUUUGAUUUGGAAACGCAAUAUCAUUCUCUACUUGAUGGCAAAUGGGAUCAUCGCGCUAUUGAAUCUCAUAUGCCAACUUCUGACUCGUUGGUAGAUCUCGGAUACUAUUACUGGCAGCAACCCAUGGCGAAUACUAUGCCCGCUAUCACAAAGGUGCAGCCGAAGAAGCAAGCACUCGCAGGCCCCAUGAGGAUUGUCCCUGAAGGCACCUUAGGCGCAUGGCCAGGCGACAAUCCAAAUCAAUGCAGUCAAGGGUUCAACUGCGGUCCUCCGAGUGUCUCGUUGGACUCAAAUGAUCCAUUCGGCAACCGUUACAUCGACAUUGGUGCAGGUGGACCCACUCCCUUUACUUUCACGGCGACGAGUAACGUGUCCUGGCUGCAACUGAGCCCCUCGCAAGGGUCCAUCUCGCCAGACUCUCCUGAGCAGAGGGUCUUUGUCAGCGUCAAGAACUGGAACUCAAUAAGUGCUGGCAAGAGUGCGGCUGUAAUCUCGUUCAAGGCGACGCCACAGGGCCAACCCUCCUCGACCGUGACUGUAAAUGUCGCGGCAACGCGCAACGACGUCCCUAGCGGUUUCAAAGGCUUCGUGGAAGGUAGUGGCGUCAUUUCUAUGGAAGCAGCACAUGCUUCGAGAAAUACCACUGUUUCUGGUAUAACUUGGACGGAACUUGUAGGAUAUGGCCGAACUCUGUCCGCCGUGACGCCAAUGCCGAGGUUCGGAGACAACAACGGCGGAAAUUUCACGGCAGGAAGCGGUCCAUCAUUGGAAUAUGACUUUGUUAACUUCAACACGAUAGGAGGCGGGCUCAACGUGACCACAUUAGUGUCCCCUUCUCUCAAUGCGAACGGACUAGACAGACCGUUGGGGGUGGCCGUGCAGAUCGACAACCUAAAUCCUCAAACAAAAUACUUCAUACCCCCUGCUGUUCCAGGUGCCCUGCCAUCCGAAUGGAACGCGUUCGUUGCAAAUUCCAUUGUCCCAGUCCAGACCUCGUUUACUGGGCUACAGCCUGGAACGCACACCCUGAGGAUUUGGAUGAUAGAACCAGCUGUCGUGGUCCAGAAGAUCUUCAUUGACGCCGGCGGCCUUCGACCCAGUUACUUAGGUCCACCAGAGAGCGUCAGAGUUUGA